UAAUUUAAUAAUAUCUUUAAAUGGAAGAGAAAGUGUACAUAUCAGAAGAAGGAAUGAGAUAAUUAUUGAAGGAAUUUGAUAUUAAAGAUCCAUUAAAAAAUGUCUAAUGGACAACUAAUUAUAGGAUGGAAUUACCAAUACGGGUCAAAAAAUCAGGUCCAGGAAGUGAAAUACCAAUCACUCUUCCAGAAUAAUUUAAAAAUGAUUGCACUCAAUUUGCAUAAAAGCCAGCCUUAAGUGUUAAGAGAAACAAUAAAUGGUAAAAAUAUAAGUUUAUAAAUUAGGAUUACUAGAACAUAUGAAGAAUAUUAUAAUGAAUCAAUGUAAUUUGCAAAAGCUUUAAUUGCUUAUGGAGUAACAGAAAUGAGUGCAGUAAAUAUAAUUGGCUUUAAUGCUCCAGAAUGGCACAUUUCUUUUAUGGGUAGCAUUCAUUCUCACAAUUUACCUGUUGGAAUUUAUACUACGUAAGAAAUAAUAUUAAUACGUAUUAAGAAAUAAUCCAGAUGCAUGUUUCUAUGUAUCCGAACAUUCAGAAUGUGAAUUAGUUGUAGCAGAUACUAAAGAAUAAUUACGCAAGUAUUUGAAAAUUUGGGAUAAAUUGCCUCGUUUGAAAGGAAUAAUUUUAUAUAAUGAUGAAAUUCCAACAGCUGAAAUCCCUGAAUAGAGAAGGUCAUAAGUAUUUAAGUGGAAAGAUUUUAUUGAAAUCGGUAAAAAAGCAGAUUUGAUGGGCUCAGUAUUGGAAAGAGUGUCAAAAUUACGCCCUGGAAAUUGUGUUACUUUAAUUUAUACAUCUGGAACUACAGGAAAUCCAAAAGGAGUUAUGUUAUCUCAUGACAACUAUGUUUUUACAAUAACAUAACAAAAGAGGAAAUAUGUGAUGUAAGGUAAUGGAGAAAUGAGAUUGGUUAGUUAUUUACCUUUGAGUCAUGUUGUAGCAUAAUUAAUAGAUAUUAUCGGUUUUGCAAGAUGGGGAGCACAUUUAUUCUUUGCAAAUCCAGAUGCAUUGUAAGGAUCUCUUAUUCAUACUCUUAAAGAAGUUAGACCUACUUUAUUUUUUAGUGUACCAAGAGUAUGGGAAAAGAUUUAUGAUUAAAUGCAAUAGAUAGCAAAAUCAAAUGGAGCUAUCAAAACAAAAAUAGCCAAUUGGGCAAAAUCAAUUGGUAAAGAAGGCACCUUUGCAUAAACCCAUGGCUUAAAGCCUCCACUUUGUUUUGGAUUGGCAGAUAAAUUAGUUUAUUAAAAUGUUAAAAAAGCCUUAGGAUUAGAUCAAGCUUAAUACAUGAUAUUUGGUGCAGCUCCUUUAUCACCAAUAAUUAGAGAAUAUUUUUUAACUUUGAAUAUGUAUUUAAUCAAUGGUUAUGGAAUGAGUGAAUGUGGAGGAGUAUAAAAUAUGGCAGAUCCUUUUCAUUUUGAUAAAUUUGAUGAAUUAUUUAUAAAUAGUACAGGUAAACCAAUGGAAGGCACGGAAUUAAGAAUUGAUAAUCCAGAUAAAGAUGGAAAUGGAGAAAUCUGUUACAGAGGCAGACACAUUUUUAUGGGUUAUUUUAAGGAUGAAGAAUCUACCCGAAACACAAUAGAUAGCCAAAGAUGGUUACAUUCAGGAGAUGUCGGUAAGAUUGAUAAGAAUGGAAAUUUAAUGAUAACAGGAAGAAUUAAAGAGCUGAUUAUAACUGCAGGAGGUGAGAAUGUAGCUCCAGUGUUAAUUGAAGACGAAGUGAAGAAGAAUAUUAAGAUAGUUUCAAAUUGCAUGGUUAUUGGUGAUAAAAGAAAAUAUUUAGCAAUCUUAUUAACAUUAAAACAUUAAUUAACACCAGAUGGAUAGUAAUAUAAUAAGUUAAUUUUUAUCUAGACCCACUGAUAAAUUGAAUGAAGAUGUUAUUGCUGUUUUUAAGAGUCUUGGCUCUUAAGCUCUAACAAUAGAAGAAGCCAAGAAUGACAAAGCCAUUACUGAUUAUCUUUAGAAAUUGAUUGAUGAAACUAAUACUAAGUAAUUAUAAUUGAAUAUUUUAAGAGUAAUUUCAAAAGCACAAUAUAUUCGAAAAUGGACUUUAAUUCCUGGAGAUUUUAGCGUUGAUGGAGGAGAAUUGACACCAACAUUAAAACUAAAAAGAAGAAUUGUAGAAUAGAAAUGGACGGGUGAAAUUGAGAAAAUGUACUAAGAUGCCAAAUUGUGAAGUUAUUAAUAAAAUAUAAAUAAAA